AUCUAUUUGAUUAACACGUUUUGAAUACUGAAUCGAUAGAAAAACAGAGAGGGUGUCAAAAUAACUGUUCCUGAACUUCGUCGAAUGACCUAAAUGGGGUAGCUUCCCAAGUCACAAGGUCAUUUGGCGGCCUUUCAACAAACUUUACUGGAUGGACGAGAAUUGUGAUGACAGUUGUAAAAUCAGACAGUUUGACUUCAGGAAAGUCCUCGAAAACACCUGCUGGUGGCUCUUGGGGGGAAGUCAGUGCCCAGUAUUCGGAAGAUUACCAUGAAGAAGCAUCCGGUUGUUCAGAAUAUCUAAAUAAUAUUCAGUAUUCGGAAGAUUAUCAUGAAGAAGCAUUCGGCUGUUCAGAAUAUCUGAAUAACAUCCAGCUUAUUGAGAAGGUGCAAGCUAUGGCAAAUAGAGCUGAAGAAGUUGCACGUCAUUUAUGGAUGAGUGGAUGGGAAGUGGUGAACUUUCAUAGAUUGCCUGCAUGGUUAAAAGACAACGAUAUGUUGCUACAUGGUCAUCGACCUCAGUUAAACAAUGUAUGGGCUUGUUUAAAGUCCAUAUUUCGUAUUCAUACUGAAACUGGUAAUAUAUGGACACAUCUUAUAGGUUGUUUCAGCUUUACCGUCAUAUUAGUCUUUGUACUUUCACAGCCAAGCAGCUUAUUACAAUGGCAGGAUAAACUUGUUUACUCAGUGUUCAUUGUUGGAGCAGUAUGCUGUCUAGGAUUCUCCUGUCUUUUUCAUACAAUAUCUUGUCAUUCUGAGCAUGUGGCAAAAAUUAUGAACAAUUCCAAAGUCAUCAAAUUUUCCAUGUAUUCGUCAUUGCUGCAGCGUUUGUUCACUAUCAUGGAGUAGUUCAACUUUCUACCUAUAGAUUAUCAGAAGGUGAUUGUCGUCCAUCGGAUGAGAUUCUUACCAAGGAAAAUUUCAGUAUACCCUCGUAUAUAUUACAUGUUAUUAAUAACCCUUGAGUAAAAGAAUGCAAAUCAAUGUCGAAGCUUAACAAAUGCUAAUACAUAUCAGUCGAAUGGUAAAGAAGGCAAUCUUAAGGGAGAAUAAAACUCGUCAAAUAAUUGUUAUUGCAUGUUUUUUUUCUUGUUGCUACCAUUAGUUGCGCUGUUUCUCGACAAGCUAUUGUGAUAUGCAUACGUAUGUUACAAAAUGAACAUUAAUGAAUUAACUAAGAUACCUGAACAACUGGCAAGAAUGUUUAAUUAUCAUUAACCUGAUUUGUUUUUCUAAAACAUAGAGAUGUAAAGUAAAACAAAACAAUCUCUAUCUGGAUCAGUUAGUUUCCCUCUAAUUUUAAAACUUCAGAUUUUAAAAUUAUGAAUUUUGUUUCCUUUUUUUUAAAAAAGAACCUAUUUUAACUUAAUCGUUUUUGUGGGGGGGGACAUUUAGUUCUUUAGUAAUAAAUGAAUAUAUCUGUGCUCAUUGUACUCAGGAUACUAGUUUUUCUUAUAUAUCAGUACUUUGAUGUAAACUUGAGAAAAACAGGUUUACAUUCAACUACCACAACUAUUUUUACCAACAGUUAAUUCACAGAACGUUUUCCUGUUCCACAAUAGUGAACUAUUGAUAAGCUUCUGUAUGGUUGGUUUUAUUUGUUAAGCAAUUUUCACGUUAUUUUCUGUUUACUAACGGUAAGUAUGUAUAAAUUGUGUAGUCUUCUUUCAGUUUAUGUCACUCAUAUUACAUGGAACUUCGUAAUUAUUUGGCGCAUUUUAGAAUCUAUUUUUUGUAUUUACGUGUUCAUCUUUUUCUUUCAGUUAAUGCCGCUAAUCGGUUUCUUAUCUGAAAUGUUAUAAAUUAUUGUUGCAUUACGAAACAAUAAUUUAAAAGACUAAAUAUAUGUUAGGAUAGUAGGAAACUCCAGAUUGUAUUUAGUGUGAUAUCUGUUCAGUAUAAUAUUCUCUUGUAUCAGUUUGGUGUGUUACUCAUUUAAUAUAACAUACAGCACUCGUUUGUUUAUAUUCAGUUUAAAA